AUGGCAUAUUCUCCAUCCUUUCUUCUAGUGGAAUUUCAAGCCCUUUAUAUUUUAGGUUAUGAUGUAUCUAAAGAUUUAAUGUUUAUGAUGGAAGACUAUUGUAAUUUACAUCGUCAAUUUUCUCGUGGUUUAAUAUCGUAUUUUGAACGGUGGUCAAAACGUAUUCAACAUCAAAAUACUUUAUGUUCAUAUAAUACAACCAAACGUGCUGUACUUGAUACGGUUAAAAGUGCAAAGCAAUUAGCUUUUGUUGAAGAUAAACGUAUUCAAAAUAUUCAACAUGUAAUCGAUAAAUAUAAAACAAUUGUCAAUGAUACGUACAUUCCGACACGUUUCUCAUUCCAGCAACAUCGACGAACAAAAGAAUUUAAAAAGCAAUUUAAAGAAGCUUAUCAAAUGUUGAAUGAUUGUAAAAUAAAAUUAGAUAAUUUAAAAAAUGAUUACAAAAUAGCACAAGAGGACUUGAAGAAAGCGGAUAGUGCACAUGAAAUUGUAUUUAGUGAUUCGACAACAACUGAUAAACAACGAACACGUGCAAUUGAAAUGCAAACAAAACGACGUCGAAGUUUGAAGAAAAUAAGUGGUCGAAUAGCAGUUAUUGAAAAUAAUUACAAUCAUGCUAAAAAAGUGUAUUGUAGAAGAGUAAAAGUGAUAUUUCAAGAUUGUCAACAAGAAGAAGAACACCGUUUAGAUUUAAUUAAAGAAACUUUGCUCGAUUUUUGUCAAGCCAUUCAAACUGAAAAUCAGAUAGAAUUAGACAAAGUUUAUGAGAAUUUAGCUUAUCAGAUUCAGACAAAACAAAAUUCAUUGGAUGAUAUUAUUUAUUGGGCACAAUCUUACGGAGCUAUUGACUACAAUACUGACCCAAUAAGAGACGAUAGUAAAACAUCAAAAGUUAGGAAACAACAUAUAUUCGUAGAAGAAUCACCAACAAUCAAUAGUAAAAGUCUAAUUGAAGCAAAAAAAAUGGAUACAAAAGUGUACGAAUCGAUUGUGACUACAUUAGGCGCGGACGACGAAGAUAUAUCCGAAACAAGAAUAACAAGAAUGAGGAAAACUGAUAAAGAAUCUAAUUCUAAGAAAUUUAGUACAACAACAGAAAUAGAUUUUUAUUAG